AUGAGAGAGCAAAGGAAGACGGGGGGGGGAAGGAAAAAGCAAAGCAACAAGACUAAGAGACUAGCAGGUGGAUAUUCGUUCGUCUGGUGUGUGGGCGGCGGACGUGGAGAAGAGACGGAUGGGGGUGGAGAGGAGGAGGAGGCAGAGAGACAGCAGGAGACGAAGAAGAACGAGACAGCGAGGAGGAUGGCGAGGGCCUUUUUUUGUUUUUUUUCUUCUAGUGUUAUUUUUCUUCUGAUGUCCAAGAAGGAGAGAAAAAGAAGGUUAGGUUAG